AUGGGGUCUAUUUUUCAGGCUUUUGCCAGCGCCCGCUCCGCUAAAGAAGCAAUUUCAGACAGGAUCAGCUUGUACAGAGCUGUUCCUGGUAUCUCGGUGAAUGGCGUGAGAUCAUUGAAGAAGAAACACAAUGCAGGCGAGACUAUCCCAACUGUCGAACAAUCAGGAUCAUCAAUUCUAGAAUGUCAGCCGCUACAUAUAGAAAAUGGGGACAUUGUAGACACUCAAGGUAGAAAGCGCAUGCUCAAAGGCCUCAAUGUUGAUUCAUCGAUGAAGCUCCCGAUGGAGCCGUUCAUGCCUAGCUAUGAAGGUGAAAGCAGCGAGUCCAAGAAUAUAUUCUUCGAUGGCGAUAAUGUUUCCUUUGUAGGUAGGCCGUUUUCUCUCGAAACGGCAGAAUCACACCUCGAAAGAAUUAAGUCAUUGGGUUAUAAUACUAUACGAUAUUUGAUAUCCUGGGAAGCUCUUGAACAUGAAGGACCAGGUAUCUAUGACAAAGACUUUAUUGACUAUACAAUCAAAGUAUUGCGCAUAAUUUAUAAAGUUGGUGGGCUCUAUGUUUUCUUGGAGCCCCAUCAAGACGUGUGGUCACGUUAUUGUGGGGGGUCCGGGGCACCUAUGUGGACUUUAUAUGCUGCUGGUCUUCAGCCUGAAAGAUUCUCCGCUUGCGAAGCAGCAAUUUUGCACAACAGUGAUAAAUUUGAAUAUUGCACCCGAAAUGAUCUGCAGUCUUAUCCAAAAAUGCUUUGGACGUCCAACUAUAAAAGGUUGGCACUGCUUACAAUGUUCACGUUGUUCUUUUCAGGUGCAACAUAUUUCCCUCAUUUGAAACUCAAUGGCACUAAUAUCCAACACUACUUGCAGUAUCAUCACUUAGAAAGCUUGAAGCAUCUAUGGGUAGCUGUAGUAGAACAGCUACCUGAAAUGUUCGAAAAUGGCUCAAUUUUGGGGUUCGAGCUGCUUAACGAACCAAAUUGUGGUUUGGUAGGAACUCCAAAUCUUUCUAUUAUUCCUUCUUCGCAGCACUUAAGGAUAGGGUCAACACCAACCGCUCUUGACUGUUUCAAGUUGGGAAUGGGGCUCCCAGUUGAGGUUGACGAUUUCAGAAUCGCAAUCACGGGCCCUCACAUAGAUGGCCGAGUUGUUGUGGAUCCUAAGGGACAAAGAGCAUGGCUUUCUGCCGAAGAGAUGGCAACCAUUGACGCAAAAUACGGAUGGACUAGAUCUGGCUGGGCACCUGGUGUGUGCAUAUAUGCUAGCGCUGGUAUUUGGGCAUGGAAAGACAUUGACCUUGAAAAAUUAAAAUUGUCACCUCAAAGCUCUCGGUUAGCGUUCACUGAAGAAAGUUGUAAAAUUCUCAAGCCGUUCUACUUCAGUGAAGUGUCUUCUGAAAUAUCAUUUGAUGUUCCCAAAGAAUCACUCCCGGCGCUCAUAGACCAAGGUUUUUUCACAAAUCAUUUUUUUGUGGAGUAUUACGCCAAAUUCAAGGAUAUGGUGCGAUCUGUUGCACCCAGUGCUUUCGUUUUCAUUCAACCUCCAGUACUCGAGGAACCACCCAGAUUGAAGGAUGAUCCUCGCAAAAUAAUCGAUGACAGAACCAUAUACUGUCCACAUUAUUAUGACGGUAUGUCUUUGAUGUUUAAAAGUUGGAACUUUCGCUAUAACGUGGACACCUUGGGAAUUAUGAGAGGUAGAUAUCUCAAUCCUGUUCUAGGAAUAGUGUUGGGUGAGCGGGCAAUUAGGAAUUGCCUUAAAAAACAAUUUAGGGAAAUCAAGGAAGAAGGAUUACGGCUUUUGGGACCCGUUCCUGUCUUAAUGUCAGAAACUGGUAUGCCUUUUGAUAUGGACGAUAAAAAGGCGUUCGAUGACGGACGCUAUCAAAUGCAAACCGCCGCUUUAGAUGCACUAGCUAAUGCUCUCGAAGGCGCUAAUAUGCAUCAUACAUAUUGGUGCUACAACAGCAUCAAUUGUCAUAAAUGGGGAGAUCGUUGGAAUAACGAAGAUUUUUCAUUUUGGUCACCGGAUGAUCGAGACUUAUCGUUUGAUAUUCUGGAAGAAGAAAAGAGUCUAGCUUCAUCAUACAGAUCGGAUAGCAUCACCUCAACGCGCAAAGAUAGCGUUACACCAUCACUCAGAAGUAUCAGAAUCAUGAAGGAAAAUAGCGGUACGACUGAGGUUUUAAAAACAAAACUAUCAUAUCAUAAAAAGCGACUUAUUCCGUCGCUAUUCAAAUCGCCCAUUAUCAAUGAUCUUCAUGAUGAGUAUGCAGAUCCCAAAUCUGGCUCUGUGGAGGAAUCCUCCUUGAUUUCGACAUCCUCGGAUAACAUACGCUAUAGACAUUAUAAACAAUGUUAUCCGUCACCCGAUGGUAUUCGUGCUGUGAGUGCGGUAAUGAGACCUUUCGUUGUCGCUACUUUGGGAACUAUCAAAGAAUCUGAAUUCGAUAUAAAACUGUCAAAGUUUGCUUUGACUUUGAGUUUAGAUGAGCGUCUCAGUGUUGACGAACUCAAAACCAGCCCUACGCUCAUUUUCACGCCUAAGUGGCACUACCCUUACCUCAACUACAAUGACAUAUAUCUCAACGCGGGUUUUGUUAAGUACGAUGACAUAAACGAGUAUCUCGAAUGGUAUCACUAUGAUGAUGAGUCUGAUACAAAGAAAUUCCUCGAUAUAUACCAGCACACCAUCAUUAUCAAGAAUCAUAGUGGCACACUCGAAGAUCCAAGUCCUUGUGACGACAGCGUGGGCUCUAACGAAUGCCCUUUGGUGUAA